GGUGGCUCAGAUCUUUUAUGUGGCUGGUUAUUUAACAUGUGAGUUCACUGGGAUGCUUUGUUCGACCUGUGAGCCGUGUUGCCUUUGGGUGAUGUCGGAAAUAUUUGGAUUACUAAACCUGGAGACACGAUGGAGGCCUGUAUGACGAAGCCAGAUGUCAAAAAGAAGCCGAAGCCGCCUAAACCUCCACCAAAGCCUGCAGAGAUAAAAAACAGUGACCCUGAGAGGCCGCAGAAGCCGGCUCCUCUGAUGCCUCCACGACCUUCAGACGCUGAACUGAGUCGCACACAAUACCGGAGGAAAAACGCAGCAGCAACAAACAAUAAGGUUAAUGGAGACUUGAUACAAAGAGAGACAAAAGAGAAACCGUCUGAAACGCCCGUGGUUCCACCCAGACCCACAGAAAAGGAAAUGAAGGCCACAACCAAAUACAGCCAACGUAGGAAGGUACAGGACACACAGAGCUCCAGAGAAAAUGCCCAGUCAAAAGACGAAGCCGACUUCAAACAGAGUAAUCAGAGAGUCCUGCCUGGAGUGUUUCGGCGGAGCCAAAAGGAGAAAACGCCGGCGUUCACUAGUUACGUGAUCGACGACGGUGACAAAGAGGAAAAAAAAACUGAUGACGUCCCGGCCAAACAGGCUCCUGCCAUCAAACCGCGCGCUCUGAAGGGAGUAAUGAAAGGGUUGCAAAUCAAGACGUCACCUAAGGCCAGCAGAGAUCCAAGUCCAGAUCCCGGCACGGAGGAAGCAGGCGGCGAGAAAAAGGAACAACCUGCAGAAAAGAACAAGCGGGAAAAGAAUGCAGAACCGAAACAGGACAUUGGAGAUCUGAUCGCUGGAAUAUUUCGGAAAACUCCCAAAGAGAAAUCAUCGCUUCCCACGGUGACGCUCAGCAAACCCGACAGCGACUCUGAGGAUGCAGAAGAAGCAGAAGAGAAAAGCUCUGAACAAUCACAGGAAAAAGGAAGCUUCUUCUCUGGCAUCCUUAAAAAAACCAACAAGACAACAGACGAAACACCUGCACAGGAGUAUCUGAGUGUUAAUAAAGAGUUGUCUGCCAGCAGUGACAGUCUGUCUGAAAACAAGGAAAAAGGAGGAAUAUUCAGCGGGAUGUUCAAGAAGUCUCCGAAACCAACUGAAGCUGCUCAGACCGACGAGGACCGUCGGUCUCUACACGAUGAUCUAUCAGGCAGCAACGAUAACCUGUCUGAAACCUCGAAGGAGAAAGGAGGAUUUUUCAGCGGGAUCCUCCGAAAGUCUCCAAAGAUUCCCACAGAAGGAACACCUGGACAGGAUAAACAAUCGCUGCAAACGGACCCAUCAGACAGUAACGAGACUGAGUCUGAGAACAACACGACCAAAGAGAAAGGAAACGUUUUCAGCGGCAUGUUCAAGAAAUCUCCCAAACUGUCAGGGGCUCCCCGACUGAAGGGGGGUGCAGAGUCGUUGCACAGCGACUUCUCUGCCAGCACUGACAGCCUGUCGGAGAACAAGGAAAAAGGCGGUUUGUUCAGCGGACUCCUCAGAAAGACAAAAACAGCUGGAGAGGAGAAUCUGUUGGCACAGAAUGAUCUUUCAGCGAGCAGCGACAGUCUGUCUGAAGCCGCCAACACAAAGGAGAAAGGAGGUGCGUUCAGUGGAAUAUUCAAGAAGUCGUCCAAACCUGCAGACGCUCCUUCCACAGAGGAAGAAAAUCAGCCACAAGAUGACGAGCUGUCGGGCAGCAGUGAAGCUCCGUCUGAGAACACCAAGGAGAAAGGAGGAAUAUUUGGUGAAAUAUUCAAGAAGGCUCCUAAAGCUGCAGAAGCUGCUCGACCCGAGGAGGACGAGUCUCCCGACAAAGAGCUCUCAACCAGCGACGAGAGUCUGUCUGAGAACAAACAGGAGAAAAGUGGAGGCUUGUUCAGCGGACUCCUCAAGAAGACUCCCAGAGAAAAGGCAGAGUCACCGGACAGAGAAACUCAGAGAGAGCUGUCUGCCAGCAAUGACGACCUGCCCGAGAGUAACACCACUAAGGAGAAAAAUAUUUUUAGCAACAUGUUUAAGAAGCCGCAGAAAGCAGCAGAGGGCGCUGCAGCAGACAAGGAGAAUCUGUUGGCACAGAAUGAUCUUCCAGCGAGCAGCGACAGUCUGUCUGAAGCCGCCAACACAAAGGAGAAAAAUAUUUUCAGCAACAUGUUUAAGAAGCCUCAGAAACCAGCAGAGGGCGCUGCAGACGACAAGGAGUCGGAGGCAAACAGUGAAUAUCAGUUAUCUGCUAGCUGUGAGAAUCUGUUAGACGCCACCGCCACAAAGGAGAAAAAAGGAGGCCUGGCCAACAUCUUCAAAAGAUCGUCCAGCAUCGAAAACCUGUUUGACGAGGAGAAAGGCGGGCUGUUCAGUGGACUGAAGAAGAAAACACAGAAAGCGUCUGGAGAAGAGGCGGCUGCAGAGGACAAAGACGAGCUGACGGCGAGUAACGACAGUCUGUCUGAGAACAGCGGCGCCAAGGAGAAGAGUAUUUUCAGCGGCAUGUUUAAGAAACAUAAACCAGCUGACGGUGCCACAACAGACGAGGAGUUAGACCCAGGCGAGGAUAACAAGUUAUCUGAAAACUUGUUGGAAGUAACCUCAUCAAAGGAGAAGACCGGAGGACUUGCAGGGAUCUUCAGAAAGUCUCCCAAACCAGCCCCACGCUCCAUCGUCACAAAGGAUCCUCUCAGCGACACGAAGGAACUGUCCUCUAGCUGCGACAGCCUCAAUGACGCCGACGAGGAUUAUUUCGCUGUGGAGAACAGUACCGAAAACCUUGUUGAAGCUGCAGGCGCCUCAAAGGAGAAAAAAGGAGGGUUUGCUGGAAUUUUCAGGAGGACGCCCAAAACUGUCGAGGACAGUGAAGACAUGGAGCCGCCGGUGGGAGGCGGGCUGAGACGCAGGAGAACCAUCAAGAAGAAAAGACGAGUCGUCUCGUUCAGAGUCAAGACAACUCUUCCCAAAAUGCCGAAGCUCGGUGCUCAGAGUUCAGACAAGAUGCCGAUUGUCGAAGAAGUCGUUGAGCUGCAGGACCUGAACCCAGCACAGGAGAGCUCAGUCGAGGUCCAGCUUGUGGAGAUGGCCGCUUACCCGACUGAAGAAACCCGUCUGGAGUCUGAACAGGAAACUGAUGAGUUGAUUGAGUGGUGGAACACAGUCAAAGGCUGGGCUGAGUGGAACGAGAUGUCCAAUUUCCAGGAGGAUGAUGAGCAGAUGGCGAUGGAGCAGGCAGCUGAUCGUGUCUACAUGGCUGCACGUCUGUUCGUGCGUCUUUUUAACCAGCGGGGGGCGUCCUUACAGCACCGCAUCCUGGAGCUUUUGGCUCUGGCCGACGCUGCUGAUCAGUUCCACAAGAAAACCGUGAAGGCCGCCGUGGGCGGAGGAGUGGCCAGCGUCGCGGGCAGCGUGGCAACGAUCACAGGCCUCAUCCUGGCGCCUUUCACCUUCGGUGCCUCUAUCAUCGUCACUGCGGUGGGCAUCGGCGUGGCGACGGCGGGCAGCAUCACCUCAGCGACGGCCAAUAUCACAGACACAGUUCACUCCAGCAUGGACCGAAAGAAGCUGGAGAAGAUGAUCCAGGGCUACCAGGAGGAGAUCAAAGACAUCAGAGAGUGUCUGGAGUUCGUGCAGGCCGGUAUGGACACCCUGCAGGAGUGGGACUUUGAAAAAUACUCAGAGAGCGCCGCCAAAAAGGCUUUAAACCACAACUUAAAGCACGUGAUGAAGGAGGGCGGCCGUGCCGGGAAAGCCCUGAUGAUCAACACCGACAAGCUCAUCAGCACCGUUCAGGUUUUAGGAGCUGCAGGCGGCGCCGCCAAAGCCGCCCAGGCCAUCAGCGUCACCACCGGGGUGAUGUCAGCGCUCUUCCUCGCUCUGGAUGUUUUCUUCCUCGCCAAAGACUCCCACGAGCUCCGCAAGGGCGCCAAAACUAAGUUCGCCACCAAGAUCCGGGACGUCUGCAAAGAACUGCAGGACGGCCUCCUGGAGCUGAACAAGGUGAAGACGCAGCUGCAGAAAACCAUGGAUGGCAUCGAGGUGGAGGAAUUCGAGGAGAUCGAGGAGGUGGAGGUGGAAGUCGACGACGACGAUUUGGAGUCGGAUCCGAAGAAGCUGGCCGAGCUGGAGCAGGAACUGGACCUGAUGGAGGAGAAACUGGACAAGAAGCGCGAGGAGGAGGAGGAGCAGAAGAAGAAUAAAGAGAUGGAGCAGGAAAAAAUUAAAAGUAAGAAGGAGAAAAAGGAGAAGGAGGAGACAGAGAAGAAGAAGGAGGAAGAGAAAAAUAAGGAGGAGGAGGAGAAGAAGAAGAAGGAGCAGGAGGAGGAACAGGAUGAUAAGAAAGAGGGAAAAGGUGAGGAAAAGAGCAAGUCUGAGUCAAAAUUAGAGAAGAUUUCUGAUGAGGAGAAAGAGGCGGUCAAAGUGGAAAAAGAAGUUUCAGAAGAACAAUCUCAGAAAGGAAAGAAGAAGGACAAAGAAGCCGAGAACCGACUCACAGCCGGAAAAGAAAAAUACGAGAGCAGGCAAGACGCAAAAGAAGACAACGGUACGAAUAAAAAGACAGACGAGAAGGAAAGAGAGGAAACGAAGAGGAGAUCAGGCGAGUCAAAGCGUGAGGAGCAGAGCGGGAAAGCUUACAGUGAGCGGGCGAAGACGGAGAGAGAGAGCGAGAGGAGUAAGAGUGGCAGAGAGGACGAAAGAGUCACGGAAAAACAGAAAGAUGCCGAAGUUAGGAGUACGAGGAGGCACAGCAGCAGCAGGAGCGACAAAGAUGGACACCACAGGAGCGAAAGAGGGAGCAGACACGAAGCGAGGGAUAAAGAAAGAGGCAGCAGCCGACACAGUGACAGGACGGAGGAGAGGGGAGUGAAGGACUGGAGAGCUGAGGAGAGAGAAAGCAAGGAGGUGAGGCAGGUGACGAGGGAGGAUCACGGAAGAGGUGACGUGAGGAAGGAGUCGCAUCGGAGUCACAAAACUGAGGAGAGGAAGGAGCAUUCAGAGAGAGAGUCGGGGCGCAGAGGAGAGGAGUCCAGGUCAAAGAGGAGUCAUCACGAGAAACGAGAGAGCAGGAUAGAGAGCGCGAGGAGGCAGUUUGAGAAAGCAGGAGGUGAUGACGAGAAGGAGAAGGAGGAGCAGGAAGAGAGGAGGAAGAGGAGAGAGGAAAGAGAGAGGAGAGGAAGCGACAGAGACAGAGAGCACGGACACAGCCGGCGAGGAUCUCAAUCACGCUCCAGCGUUUUGCUCGACGACGGGCUGUACAUUUAAACACUAACUCCACCCGACUGACACGAAAAAAGGGGAAACAAAACUACUAAUCAAACAUCCAUCGACCACGUUUAACUAGAAACAGGAUGUUGAAACGUGAACUUAAUGUUCAGCUGGACUUUAACACGAUGUUCUGUUAUCAUGUGUACACGGACAGAGUUCCUCCUGCUGACCGGCAUGUGACUUCUUCCUCACA